CUUUGUGAUAAUAGUGAUCACCUCAAAGGCUUUGUGGGAGCCUGCGUGAUUAAGUACAGCCCCAGGAAUGACAUUAGUUCUGUAAUGGUCGGUAUGUAAGUGAAGCGUGUAACAUCCGCCUGUGACAUUACCAUCACACUGAAGGUACAUCACGCCAACAUUUGGCAGUCCUCAAGAUCACACGACCCAAUCACCUAUAUAUGACCCUCGUCAUGCAGUACCCGGUCAUUGUCAGGCCUAGUAAUGCUUUAACUUGUCUGACAUCAGAGAUAUAUAUUCCAACAACGCUACAAGGUCCAUUCCAGAAUAAUGUGGACCCCAUUAAUACCAACCGUCUUGGUGAUAACCCUUUUCGAGCUCGGGUCAUGCCAGUUUAGCGGCCACAAUACUCUGAAGGUAUGCACAGCGUCUACUCCAGGGAGCGAGUGGGUAAGACGGGGCAACCAUCUUCGGAAGAGAGGGGAGUGCCAGCAAGGGUACCUGUGUGACGGAGAACUUAUCCAAAAACUCCGAGCCCCGUGUAGAGAACCUUCCUACUUCUCCGUUCACACGGGAACCUGUAGUUUUCCAGAUGUCUACGCCUACGUCUUCGGGUCCUUCAACUGUCAGGAUGAGGAGAACGACGAGAACCUGGACUUUGAGAAAUUGAUAGCCAAGCGUGACGAAAUGUGCCGGCCCCUAAUCGAACGCGCCACUCCUGAUAUGACGGAGCUGUACGUAGGAGAUUCAAACGACUGUCGACUGAUGUACAAGUGUCCCCUGGUGGCCGAACAUGACGACUGGCUGCACAGAUGCCCGAUCGGAACUAGGUUCCAAGAGGGAGACCAGGGUCCCUGUGUUGAGGACGUGGAAGGUUGCUAUCUCAGAGGGAAAUAAACACACACAAGCGUCUUUUCCUCACUGUCUCACAUCGUAAAUACAUACGUGAUGUAUGUGUUUUCUGCCCGUGUUUUUACGCAACCCUCUUUAGCCAUGGUCAUUUUUACACGUUGUUGCAAAACCGUCUUAAGCGCUGAUCGUUUUUAGACGUUCUUAAUCAAGCCUGAAUCUAUACAGAAGAUAUUGAAAGGAAUAAAAAGCGAUAAUUUAUAUAAUGAAGGCUUGUGUCCACCGAUAUUAUUCA